AUGUCCCUCCUCCGCCUCCUCCUCACACGCUCCUCCCCGAAGGCAGCACAACCCCUGCCUUCCCUACGAGCAUGCACGCUCCGCCCUUUCCUCCAAAAAUCUCUUCAGCCCCGACAGCAAUGUAGUCCGAGACGGCCUUUCGCCUCCGCCGCCCCGAGUCCCGGCCCCCGGACCGCAUCAAAACCGCCCGGCGCCGGAGCCUCUGCCCGGUCCGGAAGUGCCCAGCUGCCCGAGAGACUGCUCAUUUACCACGCCGGCACCGGCCGGACAGCUUUCCUAGCCUUCUGGAAGAUCACAAGUGUCUUCUCGUGCGCCUUCUUCUGCCUCGUCGCCGCGCCCAGCUACAUCCGCGCCGAGGACAAGACGCUUGCCCAAGCUGCAGGGUUGGCCGCCUGCGGCGUCAUCCCCCUCCUCUUCGUUGCCUACACCUCGGCCCCCUUCGUGACCUACAUCUACCUCCGCCUGCCCCCUUACGCGCGGCAGUCGCGCGCACUCCUCGAGCGCUACGUCCGCACCCUCCCGCCGACGGCCCAGCUCGAGCUCGGCACCAUGGGCCUCGCCACCCGGCCCCGGACGACCCUCGUCUCGGCCGCCGACCUGCGGCCCGUCUCCCCGGAGGCGGCGGGCGGGAGCCUCGCGACGCGCUUCGGCCUCGUCACGCACGUCCGCGACGUCUCGGCGCUCAUGGCGAAGCGCAAGUGGCACCACUACCGCCCGGUGAGCCAGUUCGGCAUCCGCGAGGACAUUGCCUCCGGCGGUGGCGCCAAGAGCGGUGGCGGCAAGGGCGCCAGCCAUGGCGUCAAGGAUGGCUGGGUCUGGACCAUUGUUCGCGAGUCGUUGGGUAAGCGUAAGUGA